CGCAGGUGGGCGGGGGGAAGUCCUGCUCGCUGGAACCGGCUGUGAGGCGGCGGCUGCAGGAACUGGCCUGGCGGUCUCAGGCACCCCUGCCUGCUUCCCCUCGUCCUCCCCGGCUGGAAGCGACCGGCCACAGCUGCAGUGGGCCCCGUGCACGCGGCCUGGGCCUUUCAGAACGCCUUGAGCAUGGGGCCCACACAGUGGGACUUCCCUGUGGAGUUAUGCUGUCGGCCGAUGGCCUUUGUCGCUCUCACCGGCCUGGAUGUGGUGUAUAAUGCUGUCCACCGAGCUGUCUGGGAUGCUUUCUGUGCCAAUCGGAGGGCUGAUCGCGUACCAAUUUCUUUCAAGGUGCUCCCAGGGGACCACGAGUAUCCCAAAUGUAGACCCAAGAGAACUUCCUACGAGUGGUACAUUCCGAAAGGGAUCCUGAAGACCGGCUGGAUGAACAAGCAUCUGAACCUGGUGCCAGCCCUGGUGGUUGUGUUCUACGAGCUGGACUGGGACGAGCCGCAGUGGAAGGAAAAGCAGUCCGAGUGCGCCACCAGAGUGGAAAUAGUCAGGCAGAGUUUACAAGGGAGAAACACAAAAGUUGCAGUGGUUCUGAUUCAGAAGAAAACCCCGUUGCCCCCAGGAGAGGAUGUUAUGGCUUCAGAAAGGGCUGCAGCUUUAUGUAAUGCGUGUGAACUCUCAGGAAAAUCUUUGUUUGUCCUGCCCCACACUGACCACCUUGUGGGUUAUAUUAUAAGAUUAGAAAACGCCUUUUAUGAACAUGCACAGACCUAUUACUACACAGAAAUCAGAAGAGUGAAAUCUCAUAAAGAAUUUUUGAAUAAAACAACACACCAGCUUUUAUUUGUUAGACACCAGUUUAAAAUAGCUUUCUUCAGUGAGUUGAAACAAGAUACACAAAAUGCACUGAAGAAUUAUCGGACCGCCUAUAAUCUUGUACAUGAAUUGAGAGCCCAUGAAACGAAUAUUCUGGAAAUUAAGACCAUGGCAGGAUUUAUAAACUACAAGAUCUGUAGGCUGUGUUUUCAGCACAACACCCCACUGGAUGCAAUUGCUCAGUUUCGAAAGCACAUCGACUUGUGUAAGAAAAAAAUCGGAAGUGCGGAGUUGUCCUUUGAGCAUGCUGCAUGGAUGUCUAAACAAUUCCAGGCCUUUGGAGAUUUAUUUGAUGAAGCUAUUAAGUUAGGGUUGACAGCUAUUCAAACUCAGAAUCCUGGUUUCUAUUACCAGCAGGCAGCAUACUACGCCCAGGAGCGGAAGCAGCUCGCAAAAACCCUCUGCAGCCCUGAGGCUUCGGUGACGUAUCCCAGUCCUGACCCCUUGGAAACACAAACAGGCGCUCUUGACUUCUACGGACAGAGGCCCUGGCGGCAAGGAGUACUAAGUUUUGACCUUUCGGAUCCUGAAAAAGAGAAGGUGGGAAUUCUUGCCAUUCAGCUGAAGGAGAGAAACGUCGUUCACUCGGAAAUAAUAAUAACUCUUCUGAGCAAUGCUGUUGCGCAGUUUAAGAAGUAUAAGUGUCCGAGAAUGAAAAGCCAUCUAAUGGUCCAGAUGGGAGAGGAAUAUUACUACGCAAAGGAUUACACCAAAGCUUUGAAGUUGCUGGACUACGUGAUGUGUGAUUACCGGACCGAAGGCUGGUGGACUCUGCUCACGUCAAUAUUGACGACAGCUCUCAAGUGUUCCUACCUGAUGGCCCAGUUAAAAGAUUACAUUACUUAUUCCCUAGAACUCCUUGGAAGGGCUUCAACUCUGAAAGAUGACCAGAAAUCUCGGAUAGAGAAGAACCUCAUCAAUGUUUUAAUGAACGAAAGUCCUGAGCCUGAGCCCGACUGUGACGGCGCCGCGGUGAAAACUGCCCAGAAGCUGUGGGCGGACUGGGUCUCCCUGGCCGGCAGCAACGUGUUCACCGUCGGGGUGCAGCACUUGGUGCCAUUUGUGCAAUGCAAAGCCAAGUUUCACGCCCCCAGUUUCCACGUUGAUGUGCCUGUACAGUUUGAUAUUUAUCUGAAGGCUGACUGUCCGCAUCCCAUCAGGUUCUCUAAGCUCUGCGUCAGCUUUAAUAACCAGGAAUACAACCAGUUCUGUGUGAUCCAGGAAGCGUCCAAAGCAAGCGAAGUUUUAGAAAACCUGACUCAGGGGAAGAUGUGCUUAGUUCCUGGAAAAACGAGGAAGUUUGUGUUUAAAUUUGUUGCAAAAACUGAAGAUGUGGGAAAGAAAAUUGAGAUCACCUCCGUGGACCUGGUGCUGGGCCACGAGGCGGGAAGGUGCGUGGUUUUAAACUGGCAGGGCGGAGGCGGAGACGCCGCUUCCACCCAGGAAGCCCUCCAGGCCUCGCGCUCUUUCAAACGACGGCCCAAGCUCCCCGACGACGAGGUGCACUGGGACAGCGUCCUGGUCCAGGCCAGCACCAUGGUCAUCUCCAGAGUUCCGAGCAUCUCGGUGCACCUGCGGCACGACCCUCCUGCCCUGACGAACGAGAUGUACUGUUUGGUUGUGACUGUUCAGUCCCACGAGAAGACCCGGAUCCGAGACGUGAAGCUCACUGCCGGUUUGAAACCCGGACAGGAUGCCAAUCUAACUCAGAAAACUCAGGUGACGCUUCACGGGACAGAGCUGUGCGAUGAGUCCUGCCCGGCCUUGCUCACCGACAUUCCCGUGGAGGACCUGCGUCCCGGGGAGCAGCUGGAAAAAACAUUAUACAUCCGCUGUGGCACAGUGGGUUCCAGAAUGUUCCUCGUGUAUGUGUCUUACCUGAUCACUACAACUAUUGAAGACAGAGAAAUCGUCUGCAAGUGUCACAAGGAUGAAACCGUAACGAUAGAAACCGUCUUUCCAUUCGACGUAGCAGUUAAAUUUGUUUCUACAAAGUUCGAGCACCUGGAGAGGGUCUACGCCGACAUCCCCUUCCUGCUGAUGACCGACCUGCUGAGCGCCUCCCCCUGGGCCCUCACCAUCGUCUCCAGCGAGCUCCAGCUGGCGCCCACCAUGGCGUCUGUGGACCAGCUGGAGUCCCAGGUGGACAAAGCCUGUGUUUUGGUUCUAUGGCGUCUCACUUAGAGCGGCCGUUCCCCUUCUGCACACCUCCUGCACCCUGCUUCUCAGCCCCGAUCUCGCUGCAUCCUCACAGUUCAUCAGCGUUUGUUCCAUCAAUGAACAGUAUCUAUUUUUUAAGGUCAAAAGUCCCAAAACCAAGGACUGCGUGUCUGUAGGCUCCAGGGAGAUCCUUCCCUUUGCCUUUUUCUGUUUCUGGGGCCAUGUGGAUUCUUUGCCUUGUGGCUCCUCCUACAUCUUCAAAGCCAGCUGUGUCUCGUCUUCAGAAACCUUUCUGUGACCUCUGCUCCCAUUGUCACAUCUCCUUCUCAGACUCCCCGGUGCCUCCCUCUCUUCCAGCCCUUGUGGUUACAUUGGGCCCUCCUGGGUGACCCAGGAUAACCUCCCAGUUUCAAGACCCUUAAUCCCAUCGGUGAGGUCCUUUUCGCCAUGGGGUUGACAUUCAAAGGUUCUGGGAAUUAAGUGUGAUAUCUUUGGGGGGUGGUGACAUUAUUCAGUCUGCCGCCUCCGAGAACACCAGCACUGGUGCACUGUAAAGUUUGCAUUUGACACAUUAAAAAUCACAGCUAUCCUAGGCCAUAAAUUUGACCUUAAUGUUAAUUGUUCAGGAAGUCUGUGAUCAUUUUGGUUUUAACUUCUUAGAAUUAGGGAGGAUUUUAAGGGAAUUAAUUUGAACACCUCAGGUUUUUCAAAAAGCUAUUCUAACAGGGUUGAAUUGAUGUGAGUUGUACUAACUGGUCCUAGUCCUUAAAAAUUAAUUAAAAGUAGUUAAUUCAAGUGAAGAUUGAUGCAGCUUUUUUCCUUUUCGUUUCUGGUACCUACCACAAUCACAACCAUCAAUUCAUCACAGCCUUCUUCAUGGGAAACCCAUAAAAACAGUUACUAAUGUUCAGGGACUUGGCUGUCAUUCUUGGGUGUUGCUCCUAGAUUUGCUGAGGUUGGCAUUAGAUGGCACUGCUGCCAGCUGGCGUUUACAGGAGCGACACUGCAGGCCAGGACGUGCGGAGGGUGGGCAGGACUUGGUUUAGACGAGCCUUUAUCUAGUUAUCAGGGGAUUUGCUGUAAGUUGGUGAGAGGAGCGCAUCCUUGCACGAGAGGUAAGUAGCCACGUUGGGCAAUAGUGAGUCACUGUCUGACGUAUCCGUUUCGGUGAUCUCAGCAGUAUGUGCUUAUUCAGACAGUCGGAGUCUCCUGGAAUGCCAUUCGGACCACUUUAAGGAAUACCUAAAAUUACCCGUUUUUGUAUUUUUGUGUUUUUUUGUCCCUAUUGGGAAGCGUUUCCUUUGGAGACAUGAAGUAAUUUAGAGAAAUAAAAAUAAUCACCAGAGGGUGUUAUUCUGACUCCAGGCUCCUCCCCUGCACUAGUCCCCAGGGGAGUGUCACAGACAGGCAGCUGCUCGCCUGCUUUUAUUGCUGGAGUAGGAGAGACACGGCCCAGGGACGUGCGGACGCCUGUGAGCCGCAGUGUCCGGGUCUCUAAGUAACACGUACCCAGGAUCUUCUCGCUG